CAAGCCUACAACCCCCGGCGUUCACUGCAGUAAUCUCAUCAUAGUUAAACUCGGCUGUCAAAACUAUAAAAAACCUAAAUGAACCCAGAAGGAAAUGCUUGAAAGGUCUUCCAGAUCGAUUGUAAAGUAUAAUUUUAAAAGUAUCUGUUUACUGGAUUUUCUUGAUUGUAGGCUAGUAUCGCUGUUUGCUACUUGUUAAAGGUCGAAAACAGCGUGCAGACGUGCAGAAUAUGAGUUAGCCUCUUCACUUAAACCUUGUGGAUUUUGUUUUCGUGAAAACGAAACUUGUUUCUUUUAUGAAUGUUUCCUCCUGGCCGCUAGUGAGGUGUUUGAGUAACAGCGCAGAGACUCAAAACCUUGAAUGCACUUUGAAAUGGAAAGGGGGUUGCAAAACGCGCAAACGAACGACACCAGCGCGGAGAAAUUAAUGGACGAAUACCUGAAGUCGUUAGGAUUGUACCGAAAGAAAAUUGCCAAAGACGGAUCCUGCCUGUUUAGAGCUGUGGCCGAGCAGGUACUGCUUUGCCAAAGUCGACAUCUAGAAGUACGGCGCACCUGUGGUGAUUACGUAAAAAAGAACAGGGUCAAGUACGAAUCGUUCAUCGAGGGGAGUUUUGAGGAAUACCUGCAAAGACUGGAGAAUCCGCAGAGCUGGGUUGGAGAAGUUGAAAUAAGUGCCCUGGCCCUCAUAUACAAGCAUGACUUCAUGAUCUUUCAGGAGCCUGGAAAACCUCCAGUUCAUAUAACUGAAAACAAUUUUCCUGACAAGAUUCGUCUCUGCUUCUUAAACGGGAACCACUAUGACAGUGUCUACCCAAAGCAGUUUGAGAAAGACGCAGCUCUUUGCCAAUCCAUUCUGUAUGAGCUCCUGUACGAACGAGUCUUUGGAGCGGAUCACAAUGCCAUAGCUGCCUGUCUUCAGGAUUGCGGUGCGGACAGUGAGGGUGGAGCAGAGGAGUGCGAGAGCAGCGAAGAGUCUGGUCUGGAUGAUGAGGAGUGGCCUGAAGUAGCAGCCGACACAGCCAAUAUGAACAACUUCAAGUCUUUGCGAGGACGCCAGGUUCACAAGGUGCAUUUAACCUAGAGGAGACGCCGUGAAGUGCUUUGUUUGCACAAUCUUAUUAUGUGACACUUGGUUGCUUCUUGUAGCCUUCUACAGUAAUUGCCUCAGAUGUGGACAUAUAUGGUAGUAGCCGUUACUGUAUUGUUUCAGGAUUACUCCGACAAGUAGCAUUG